AUGUCACUCCCCAACAGCCCGCAAGCAAAUGGUGGUCGGGUCAGCUGGCAGGAACAACUUGGAGAAUACUGCCGUCGUGCGAAAAUUGAGCCUCCAGUCUUCCAUAUAGUUUCCGAUCGUCGAGGGGGUCGUACGGCUUGGUCCAGCUCCGUUACUGUUCAAGGACGUAAUAUCGCCGCGCGGUACUGGUACGAUGGCCAAUAUAUCAACAACGCGAAGGAGGAUGCGGCAGAGGUUGCUAUAAAGCAAAUCAAUCCAGCGGUAACCGGAGUUGCAUCCACUCUCCCGGGACAAUUAUUCCGCUGCUAG